AUGGCGGCGCUUCCUCGGUUUCGCAAAGGCGAACGGCCCGUCUAUGGCCGCAGUCGGUCGAAAGUGCUCAGACAUCGCAUUCUACGCUCGUUUCUGCACCUCAUUGCUUUUAUAUUCUUACUUCUCGUCGUCAUUGGAAAUGUCUCCAACCGGCCAGUUCUCCGGCAAACAUAUUUUAUGAAAAUCGACUUGUCCGAUAUCGUUCCUCUCUCCGUACCCAAUGCCGUCCUGAUCAACAGUAUUGCCCGGUCUAUUGGUCUGCACGAUUUUUACCAAGUGGGACUAUGGAAUUUUUGUGAAGGGUACAACAAUGAGGGCAUCACAUUUUGCUCGAGUCCCAAGACGCUAUAUUGGUUCAAUCCGGUUGAGAUUAUCCUUAGCGAACUGCUCGCAGGAGCAUCAAUUGCUCUUCCCUCCGAUAUAACCGACGCUCUCGAUCUUGCUCGCGCAGCGUCCCAUUGGAUGUUUGGACUUUUUAUUACUGGAACUGUCCUCACUUUCAUUCUCAUCUUCCUGUCUCCGCUGGCGGUCUCAUCGCGCCCACCGCAGACAAUUUCCCCUGACCCAGGAGUCAACCGGCUUCACCCUCCCCACCGUCGGCGGACAUUCAUCUUCCUCCGCGCCAUUCCCUUUACAAUUUUCACUUUCCUGACUGCCCUAUUCACAACCGUUGCCACCGUCAUUGCAACUGUCAUGUUCAUCAUCUUUAAAAAUGUCUUCACGAACGGCUCGUACGAUCUUAACAUCCAUGCCGAGCUUGGUACGCGCAUGCUAGUUUUUAUGUGGAUUGCAACGGCUUUUAACCUUUUCGCCUUCAUCGUCGAACUGGGUUCCUGCUGUGCUGCCUGCUGUAGGGGCCGAAAAGCGCGCAAGCAACUCAAACAGCACCCAGAAGAUUCUACUACGACCGGAACCGCUACCGGAACUCAUACUCCAGAGAUGCACGAGAAGAGCAGCCCGCACUCGCGUAGCCCGACGACAACAACGGAGGACACUCGUUAA